AUGUAUUACCCCCAGCAAUCCCCAAGUAUCUCGCACAAGUUGGCCAACCACCACGACAAUAAUCCCUGGCGGCUUCCCCUUCUUGUACAACAAUCAGGGCAACAGUCGACGGUAGGGCCACCGCCGCCGUCACCGGGAUAUGCUCUGUACACCAACGGUGCACUGCAGCACCAUCCAGGCCACCAUCCGCUACAACAUCCACCCCUUCAGCACCACCACCAGAACUCCAUAUCCCACUACCCAUCACCUCCAAAUGUCCACACGCACCAGCAGCAGCACCUUCUCGCCGCGCAGGGGUCUCCAGCAAGCGGAGGCGCCGUCGUAACUCCUCAAUGGCAGAACCAGCUUUUGAAAUGCGAGAUGGUACGCGCUUCACGUUCGCCCCACCACCGGGCUCGUGCGAGCGCUAUGGCUUCCCGCACCGUCACCAAAUCCGCCAUUCCCAUCACCAACCCCAACCUCGUCAAACCCCCAACCCCUGCAGUCUCAGAAACAAACGGUAAAGAGGCAGAGUCGCCAGAUGGAUCGCCAACGAACGGUGCAGCGGUCAACCACCCUUCGUCGACUGUUGCACCGAUCGCCGAAGCUCCUCGGCCAACGGCGAUAAAACCGCCCGAGAACACCUGGACGUCUCUCGACAUGGGUGGCCUCAACAUCAAGAACCUCCCCUCUUCAUCCGGCCUCUUUUCAUUCACAUUCCUGAUCAACCUCUACCUCAAUCACAACGCCCUUACCGCCGUUCCUCCAGAAAUCUCGAGAUUACGUCAUCUCGAGCUCCUUGACCUCUCGGGAAACAAUCUGAGCACAGUUCCCCCUGAGCUCGGUAUGUUGACGCAAUUGAAAGAGUUCUACCUCUUCGACAACAAUCUUUCCACCAUUCCUCCGCAUUUUGGAACUCUGCAUCAACUGCAGACUCUAGGCGUCGAGGGCAACCCCCUAGACCCACACCUAAAGUCCAUCAUUCAGAAGGAUGGAACACCAGCACUUAUCUCGUACCUACGAGACAACUGCCCCGUGGAAAACGAGCCUCCUGAGCGGGUGUGGAAAUACUUGAUCUCGCCUCAAGAGCAGGAGAUGCUUGCACAAGACCCUAACGUGGAGACGUUCAGUGUGUUGUGUUACAACAUUCUAUGCGAGAAGUAUGCCACAGAGAAGCUCUACGGCUACACCCCCUCUUGGGCGCUCGCGUGGUCGUACCGCAAAGGGCGGAUUAUGGAAGAGUUGCUCAAAUACGAUGCCGACUUUCUAUGUCUACAAGAGGUCGACAUCGCGCAGUUCGAGGACUUUUUCUCUGUCAGCCUAGCAAAGAAGGGCUACGAAGGGGUCUUUUGGCCGAAGUCGAGAUACAAGACGAUGAACGAGACGGAUCGGAGGCUGGUCGACGGGUGUGCCACGUUCUACAAGGCGGACAAGUAUAAACUUGUAGAGAAGCACCUCGUUGAGUUCAGCGCUGUCGCGAUGCAGCGCCAAGACUUCAAGAAAACGGACGAUAUGUUCAAUCGUGUCUUGGGCAAGGACCAUAUCGCCAUCAUCACCCUUCUAGAGAACAUUCACACCGGGACUCGAUUUGUCAUUGCCAACGCCCAUGUCCAUUGGGACCCCAAGUUCAGGGAUGUCAAGCUUGUGCAAGUGGCGUUGCUCCUCGAGGAGGUCGAGAAGGUCGCCAACAACUUUGCGAAGUACCCUCCACCACCACCGUUGAACGGGCACGGAAGCGGAUCAACGACGCGAGCCGAGACAACAGACGAUCGGUCUGAAGCAGGCAGCAUAUCUCCGACAUCUGCCUCUGAAGACGUUGACCGGCAAACCACCUCAGCGCCACCGUACAGACCACCACCCGUCUAUACGGACGGCAUGAAGAUCCCUUUGAUCGUCUGUGGUGACUACAACUCCGUCCCAGAUUCGGGUGUAUGCGAGUUCCUCGCGAACGGGUCCGUGCCGUCGAACCACCCCGACUUCAUGUCGCACAAGUAUGGGCGCUACACGAGCGAAGGCAUCCGGCACCGGUGUGGCCUGAAGAACGCAUACGGGACGCUUCCCAGCGAGAUGACGGCAACGAACUACACGCCGAGCUUCCAGGGCGUGCUCGACUAUGUGUGGUACUCUACGGCGACGAUUGGUGUGAACAAGGUGCUUGGAGGGUUGGAUAAGGGGUAUCUGGAGAAGGUGGUUGGGUUCCCAAAUCCUCAUUUCCCGUCAGACCAUGUCUCUAUCGUCGCCGAGUUCCGCGUCAAGCCUCCUCGGGAUACAGCCCAGCCCCGGCCCCAGCCUCAAAGCCAGUCUUAA